AUGCUGUGUGUGUUGAUGGUGCUGUGCUGGUCGUGGGGUGUGUUGGGAUACGGGCGCGAGGGGCAGAAGGACUCAUUGGGGGCAGGACUGUGCCCUUCGCCGUGUCAGUGUGAGGAGGAUGGUAUCUUUGUUCUGGCGGACUGUUCUGAACUGGGACUAUCAGCUGUACCUGACAACCUCAGCCACCUAACUACUUACCUUGACAUGCUGGUAAACAACAGGACUAACACACAGCCACGAGCUGCCCAUAGACUGACAGGUUUAGCUGUACUGCGUCUCUCAGGGAACCAGUUACGGUACAUCUCUGGCCUCGCUCUCCAUGGUCUACACAAUCUCAAAGUGUUGAUGCUUCAGAAUAAUCAGCUGGAAAGACUUCCCAAUGACAUCCCAUGGAAUCUACCCAACCUGCUGUCUCUGCGGCUGGAUGCUAACCUGAUAUCUGAGGUGCCUUCGCGGUCACUAGUUGGUCUUAGGUCUCUAAGACACCUGUGGUUGGAUGAUAACAGUCUAACAGAGAUCCCUGUCUCUGCUCUGGACUCUCUGCCGGCCCUACAAGCUAUGACCCUCGCUCUCAACCACAUCACUCACAUACCUGACCAUGCAUUCAGCAACCUCUCAUCACUGGUCGUACUUCAUCUCCAUAACAACCAAAUCCAGACGAUGGGAGAGAGGUGUUUCCAAGGUUUGCUCAGUCUGGAGACACUGGAUCUGAACUAUAAUGAUCUACCAGAGUUUCCUACAGCCAUCAGGACCCUGGCAAAGCUUCAGGAACUGGGGUUCCACAACAACAACAUCAGAGCGAUCCCUGAGAGAGCCUUCAUGGGAAACCGCCAACUACAGACCAUUCACUUCUAUGAGAAUCCCAUCCAGUCUGUGGGAAGAUCCGCUUUCCAGUUUUUACCUAAGCUCCAUACACUCUCCCUAAACGGGGCGACCCAGAUACAAGAUUUCCCCGACCUGAAAGGAACCACCAGCCUGGAAACACUGACACUAACCAGGGCUGGUCUCUCUACUCUUCCUCAGCGGUUGUGUCAGCAGCUACCCCGCCUCAGAGUACUCGAGCUGUCUCAUAAUCAGAUAGAGAAUCUUCCCAGCUUCUAUCACUGCUCUGCCCUGCAGGAAAUAGGCCUGCAGUAUAACCACAUAAGGAGGAUUGAGAGGAAUACCUUCCAGCAGCUCAGCUCUCUACGGUCUCUAGAUCUUAGCUUCAACAGUAUUGAGUGGAUUCACCCUGAUGCCUUCAUUUCGUUCCAUUCUCUGACCAAGCUGGACCUGAGUGAGAACAGUCUGACGUCACUUCCUGUGGGUGGUCUGGGGGGACUGACCCAUCUGAAGCUGAAAGGAAACAUGGAGCUCUAUGAGGACUUCAGCCCUGAACUCUUCACCCGCAUGAGGGUGGUAGAGAUGCCGUAUGCAUACCAGUGCUGUGUCUACGGGUCAUGUGACAGCUAUAAGUCCAUCAGCCAACCAGAGACUGAGCAGAGCAGUGAGGAGGAGGAGCUAGACCACACAGACACACUCUACACACUCUGUAAGAACCCCAUCCACACAGACACACUCUAUGACCCGGACCUGGAGGACCUCCAGAUGGAGAUGCAGGAAUCUAAACUACAGACUAACAUCCAGUGCUCACCUGUACCAGGUCUGUUCCGGCCAUGUGACUCCCUGCUAGGCAGCUGGUUGGUCCGUGUGGGUCUGUGGUGCGUCUCCAUCGUGUCUCUACUUGGGAACUCUCUCUUGCUGCUGUCGCUCUUCGGUUCGGCGGGCUAUCUCUCCCCGCUGCGGUUCACCUCCGCCUGCAUGGCCGCUGCCAACCUCCUAACCGGCGUAUGCACAUGUACGCUCGCCCUCGUGGACGCCCUCACGCUGGGAGAAUUUGGUCGCCAUGGCGCCCGCUGGGAGUCGGGUCCCGGUUGCCAGGUGACGGGGUGGGUGUGGGUGUUUGCGUCCGAGGCGAGCGUGCUGCUGUUGACCCUGGCGGCCGUGCAGUGUGGCGUGAGCGUGACGUGCGCGCGGGCCUACGGGAAGGCGCCCUCACACGGGAGCGUCCGUAUGUGCGCAUUCUUCUGCCUCACCCUCUCUGUCACCCUGGCGUCCCUCCCUCUGGUCAACGUGGGGGAGUACGGUUCCUCCCCUCUCUGCCUGCCCUCCCCCCUGCAUCCCCCCUCCUCCCAUCCCCCCUCCUCUCUAGGCUUCCCUCUCUCUCUGAUCAUGAUGAAUACUCUGUGUCUGCUGAUAGUGACAGUCUCCUACAUCCGUCUGUACUGGGAGCUGCUGAGAGGAGAGUGCGAGGGGCUGUGGGACUGUAGCAUGAUUAAACACAUCACCUGGUUGAUCUUCAUCAACGGUCUCCUCUACAUCCCAGUAGCCUUCCUGUCUCUCUGCUCCCUGCUGGGGCUGCUUUCUCUGGGGGAGGAGGUGCUGAAGUCUGUCCUGCUCCUCCUCCAACCCCUCCCCUCCUGCCUCAACCCUCUCCUCUUCCUCCUAUUCGCCCGAGACCACACCCACUUCUUGUUCUGGCCACAUCCCAAGGCACGCCCCCAGUUACACCGGGACCACGCGCUUGAAGACUCGCUGGUCUCUGUGGACACAGAGAAGAGCUUGUGUUCUGAUUUGUCGACGCAGGUGUCACUCGCCGAGGCUGACGCCCUCUACGGUGGAAGCCCCGCCAUCCAACCCCGGAUGGAUCCAAUCAGAUUCUCCCACUGCUCUUCUUCCUCCUCCUCCUCGGUUCCUCUGAUCCCCUGUCAGACACCUUCCCCCAGCCUGAGGGAAAGAGAGAUGGAGAGGGAAAGAGAGAGGGAAAGAGAUAUGGAGAGAGAGAGGGAGGCAGAGUGGUAAGGUAUGAAUCACUAAACUACAAUGGGACACAAUCUCAGGUGUAAAGCACCGCUGGCUGGGACCCUACGAGACAUUAUAAACCAACACAUUCCCUACUGCUUCCUUCUUUAUCCUCCCUCCUAUCUCCUUCCCUCCCUCCUCUC